CUUCGGUGUCAUUGGAGGAGGCUUUUUCCAAGGAGCUCAUAAAUACGGGAGAGGCCGGGCAGGAGGCUGGGACUGCGCGGGGACCCCGAGGGCAGCCGGGGGGCCGGGGGGGGGCCAUGGCAGCGCUGCUCAGCACAUUCCCCUGGCCCGAGCGGCUGGAGGGCGACACGGGCGAGGGGCUGUCCCCAGGGCCACCCCCCCGGGUGUCGCAGGGGGAGAAGGGCUCCGAGAGCCGCAUCCGCCGGCCCAUGAACGCCUUCAUGGUGUGGGCGAAGGACGAGAGGAAGCGGCUGGCGGUGCAGAACCCCGACCUGCACAACGCGGAGCUCAGCAAGAUGCUCGGGAAGUCCUGGAAGGCGCUGAGCCUGUCGCAGAAGCGUCCCUACGUGGAGGAGGCCGAGCGGCUGCGGGUGAAGCACAUGCAAGAUUAUCCCAACUACAAAUACCGGCCCCGUCGGAAGAAGCAGGUCAAGCGCAUCGGGAAGAGGGUGGAUGCCGGCUUUCUGCUGGGCAGCCUGGCUCGGGACCAGAACUCUGUGCCGGAGAAAAGGACCUGCAGCCGGAACGGGGGGGACAAAGAGGGUCCCGGUGAGUACCCCCCCCGCCCGGGGCUGCCGGCUGUGCGGGGGUACCGGGAUGCUCCGGGUAGCGCCAGCAGCGCCAGCGUGGACACCUAUCCCUACGGGCUGCCCACCCCGCCGGAGAUGUCCCCCCUGGAUGCCAUAGACCCCGAGCAGAGCUUCUUCUCCUCGCCCUGCCCCGAGGAGCAUCACCGCUCGCACCUGGCCGGUGCCACCUUCUCCGCCGAGUACGCGGCAGGCUCCUUGCCCUGCGGCCACCACCCGCUCAGCCCCAUGCCACAGCCGGCCACCUGCAUGAUCCCCCCGGCCUCCAGCUGCCCUGCCCUUCCUCCUCCUCCUCCUCCUCCUCCUCCUGGCUACUACACACCUGCCUUCCCCUCCCUGCCCCCUCCCAGCCUCCAUGCCCACCUGGGCCAGCUCUCCCCGCCGCCCGACCACCAGGGCUUCGACACCUUGGACCAGCUGAGCCAAGCGGAGCUGCUGGGCGAGAUGGACCGCAACGAGUUCGACCAAUAUCUCAACAACCACGGCGGCCACCACGGCGAGCACCACGGCGGGGCCUUGGCCAACGGGCACGCGGCGGCGUCGGGCGGCUCCGAGAACAGCCUCAUCUCCUCCGUCCUGGCCGACGCCACGGCCACCUACUACAAUCACUACAGCGUGUCUUAGGAGGCCUGGAGCGGCCGAGGAAGGAGCCGACACCGUUCCGAGGCGUUGCUCCCUGGGGACGUGGCCCCUCAGGGUGACCGAGCCCGAACCGAGGGCCCUGGAGUCUCCUCGGUGCUGUUGGGUAAAGGAUUUGGGUUGUUGGGUCACCACCUGGAGUGCUCUGCUCCCACCGUGGCCAGGGGGCACUUCCCGAAGCAAAGCCCUUUGGUCAAGUCCCUCUUCCAAAGCAGGGAGCACAGGAAGGUUUGUCCCUCAUUUUGGGGCGUCCCCAGCUCUGCUUUGGGGUCAGGAGUGCGGCAGCACCCCGCAAACGUCAGGUCUGAAUUCCCCCCGGCGAGGGGGAAAGGCAGGGAUGGGAGGAGGGAAGAUUUUGGUGAAGGUCUGUGAGCUGGUUGUGGGUUCUGACCUGCCCCAGAGCAUGGACUGGGGGCUUCAUCCCUUGGGAAACCCCAGAGGGGAUGGAACACCAGCCAGGAGAGGGACAGCCAGCCCUGAGGGUGCUGAGCCUGUUCUAGAAUGGGGUAAAAUCAGGGCUUGGAAAGGCAGGAGCAGGUCUGGGAUGAACAUUUUGGCCAAGAGGUGAUGAUGUAGCAGACACUUUUUUUUAUCAAACAUCCUUCAAAGGGGAAGGCUCCGUGUUUGGAGCCACAGUGCCCAAUGCCUCUCCUAACUCUGGCGUUUUAUUGCUUGUAAUAAAGCUGUACAUUGAUUUAUUCCUUCCAUUAUUUCUUCCCCCACCUCGGAUUUUGUAUUGCUCGAGUUCUCUUCCUUUCCAUAAAGAUGAAGCUUUAUUUUAAAUCAGUUAUAUGACAUGAUUAAUCUUAGUGUUUACUGUAUGGCACUUGGUAAUGAUUAGUUAGCAACGUGGUUAUGAUUUCCUGGUUUCAGUCCCCAAAAUGUAUUAAUAAUAAUUGCAAAAAAAACUUUUAAAAAGAGCCCCAAAAGUUCACCGGUUUUUAAGCUAAUACAUUCCAUCUCUUUUGUGUGACUCUAUGCAUUUUGAAUGAGUGUAGAUACGAGUUUGCAUAAAAUAUUUAAUUUAAAUAAAUAUGUUUUUAUAUGAUGA